GGACUCGGCGCCAUGGAUCCGUUUUUGACUCUGCUGCACUCUCUCUCCUUGAGCUUGUCGGACAGCGAGCUUGCUUCCUUGAAGUUUCUCUGCCAGGAUAAAAUUGGGAAAAGGAAGCUUGAGUCUGUCCGAAGUGGUCGGGAGCUCUUCAGCAUCCUCCUCGAGCAGCAGCUCAUUACCGCAGACGACGUAGCGGUUCUGCAAGGCUUGCUUGAGAACAUUAAAAGAAAAGAUCUGAUCUCAAGGCUGAAGCAGUUCGUAGAGGAAGGAGAAGCUAAUGCUCCUGAUGAUCAACCAGAUGCGCAUGAAAAACGUCUUCUGAAGGCAGCUAUUGAUGUCAUAUGUGAAAAUGUCGGGAGAGACUGGAGAAUGUUGAUACGAAAACUUGGUGUUCAUGAAGUGAAAAUAGACAGAAUAGUGGCAGCCAAUGAACGCAAUUUGCGGGAACAGCUGUAUCAGUCACUUCGAGAGUGGCAGAAAUCGAAGGGAAGAGAUGCAAAGGUGACUGACUUAAUAAAAGCUCUUCGGGGCUGUAAUAUGAAUUUAGUGGCAGAUGUAGUUGAGCAGGAGCUUUUGCAACUGAACACUGAAAUCAG